UUUAAAGGUUGAACUUGUCAGUGAUGUGUGCAACUGUUCUUCAGUAGUUCAGCUGAACUGAUCUCACCAUGCUCACCAUGUUUUCCCACUGUAAAUUGGUCAUAUUGAUACUUGCACUGACUCCUUACUAUCAAGUUACAAGAGGAGUCUCUGGAGGCCAUGAGGCUGUCCCACAUAGCAGGCCAUACAUGGUGAUUGUGGAGCAACACGUGAAGGACGAUAGAACAAAAUACUGUAGUGGAUUCCUUCUGAAUGAAGAUUUUGUGAUGACUGCAGCCAGCUGCCAAGCCAAGUCCUACACAGUCUCUCUAGGAGUUCACAACGUCCAAGACAAUAAUGAAGUACAGCGUAUAUCUGUGGAAAAAUCAUUUCCACAUAAAGACUACGAUCCUAUUAAUUUAAAAAAUGACAUGAUGCUUCUUAUGUUGAAGUCCAAGGCAAAUCUCAACAAAAAUGUGAAACCCAUUGCUCUUGCAAACAAAGAUGACGGCCCUCUGCCUAAAUCAUGUACAGUGUCCGGCUGGGGAAGGAGCAACAGCAGUAACUAUAUGUCUCCAGUACUCAUGGAAGUCAGUGUAACACUCAUUGACAAUGAGAUGUGUGUCCAGAAUAAUUUGUACUGCUCUCAUGGAGACGCUGGGCCGGAGAAGGGAGACUCUGGUGGUCCAUUGGUCUGCGAGGAUGGAAAGGCGUACGGGGUGAUGUCCUUCAAAUACAAACCAGCAGCAGAUGAACCGCCUCUAAACUGCUAUACUAAGAUACCCGAGUAUAGAAACCAGAUCGAUUGGAUUUCAGAAAAUAUGUCCUAUCUUUGUAUUUCUGGUGCUCGAGAACUUUAGAGGUGAUAAUUGAAAUGCUCAUAUUACAACUGAUCCCACAUCAAUGAGACUGCCACACCAGAGUCUAGACUUUAAUUAAAAAUAUGCUUUAAUUUGAUGAUAACAAAUCAUACAAAUAUUUGUUUGGAAAAUUCACAUAAAAGAAUGGUAACAGAUGAACAUGAUUUGAUUAUUAUCAGAAAGUAAUCUGUCUUUUUUCUGGCUACCCUACAUUUUCUGUCAAUAAUCUUUUGGUAACUCUCAGCAAAUUAGAAAUUGAAACCAAGAAAGCUAGAUUCAAACAAGCCAAUGACACAGAAAUUAGGGUGAAAAUAGAUCAAAAAUGUAACUGUACAUUUCUGUUUAAUAGGUGUAUUUUCUAUUAACAUUAGAGAGAAUUUGUCUUCUGCUCUUAAGCACAGCAUUAUAUAUAUAUACACUACAUAUAACUGCUUUGUGCAUGUUCUUUUAGACUAGAAUAAAAUGAGAACACAGGCUCCUGCAAUUUUUUUUGUACACUCUGUACACUUUUGUGUUUGAACAUGAAUUAAACAACAACAAAAAAAACCAACAUGGCCUCAUCACUUGUUGAAGUGAAGAAGAGCUGAAAGUCACUUCUUAUUUACAAGCUGUAAACCUAAUCAAGUCUCUGCCUGUUGUUUAACACACACCCUGUCGUUGCAUUUUUGGAAACAUCUGACAGAACAGCUCAGGGUGGACACUAGCAUCUGCUGUCACUUUCAAAUUAUUAAAGCAUUUUUGGGUUCAAAUUUUCAGAUGUUUAGGCAUUAAAUAAGGUAAUUUUGCUUUAUUAGCACUCCAAAUUCUACAUGACCAAGUAGUAAAACAAACUUGUUGUGAUUUACAUAAGAAUCAUGAUUCUUAUCCUUCAAGAAUCUGAAUCAAUUCACAAAUUAUCCCGCAUUAUUGGAGUAAUAUUGUAAAAAUGACACUACACUAAAUGAAGAAUAUGAACAAAAAUGGGGACGGACUUCUGUAAAGGCAUUUCAUAUUUAAAACAGAGUAUGGUGUUAUGAUGAUACAAAUAAUGAACCACGGUAAACUGUCUGAAUACUUUUAAUUAUUAUCAAGUUAAAAAGAUUAAACACAUUAUUUGGUUGCAUUAGUAACAGUAAGUCUUUUAAAUAAAUAUAUUCAAAAUAUAUUUGCCCAUUUGUUUAUCUGU